AUGGAGAAGCUCCUGCACCUCACCUUGGUCUUCCUGGCAGCUCCGUGUGUCGCAGACAAUGUCACCGUGCUGGCCGCCGUCGAGGGGGACACCAUUUCUGUCAACUGCUCCUACGACCCGCGCCAGUGGUGGCGGGGGAAGAGCUGGUGCCGGCAGCUGGAGCGGGACCGGUGCCAGCAGGUUCUGAGUGUCCCCCCGGCCUGGCUGCCCUUCCCCCGGGCCAGGAGGGGCAGUGCCACCCUGCGGGACGAUGCCAGCGCCGGGCUCCUGACCGUCACCAUGCGGCGACUCCGCAAGGAGGACGCGGGGCUGUACCGGUGCACGACCGAGUUCCUGGGGGACAGCAGGAGCCUGAGGAAGGUGCGGCUGGAAGUGCUGGCAGCUGAGCUGGUGACCCAAGUGCCAGAGGAGCCCAGAGCCGUGCAGAGCAUCUCCAGGUCCCCUCCUGGUGUGGAUUUCUCUGUUUUUUACAUCCUGGCUGGGUUCCUGGUGGCCAAGUUCACGGUGGCCGUGCUGCUCUGUGUUGUCGCCCACAGCAGGAUGAAAAGGGAGAAAGGGCAGAAGGCGAGCCCGGGUGAGCAGCAGGAGCUGCCAUUCCCUGCUGGCCUUGGCCACGGGGGGAUUGGCCUCUCCCGGGAGAGCUCUGCAUGAGCCGAGCCAAAGGGAACCCCUGGGGAAGGAGAAUCAGGCGUUUGCCACCUGCCAGAGGAAAAGGAUCGCUACUGAGCACAGCCUGGGAGAAGCUGUCACUCUGGAGAGGGGACGUCCCCAUCCUCUUCAUCACCUCUUCAUCACCUCCUCCCCGGGCAGUUAUUCCAGACAGCACUGCCAGGACUGAACGGACACCCACGAGUUUCCUGUCACCCCAGGGCACAGCCAGGGCACAGGCUCUGUCUUUCCAAGGUGAGGAAGAGCAGCUCCCAAAAUCUGCUUUGGCCCCUGGGGGGGAUGCUCGGAGGAAGCCCCUGUGGAAAGGAGUGAGGAAGAGCAGGACACGCCAGGAAAGGGAGCCCCGAGCCGGCUGCUCCUCUCUGAAGGGACUUGUUGAGCUCAGAAUUUUCUCUCUGCUCUU